CCGCUUUCUGAGAAUAUAGUGCCUAUCUCUUCUGACUAAUAUUUCUGUCCCUUUCUCUCUUUUCCCUACCACUGCCACCACCAGCGCCAUCUAGCGAGCUAAGUUUAGAGGGAGCGAUAUUUUAUUGUUCAUUGGCGUUAAGUUUCCCGUUGAGUGCAGACGGCAGCUACUAAUAGCUCGACGACUCCAGUUAGUGCCUCAGUUGAAAUAUUGGAUCGUGUACCUUUAAUAUAAGGGACUUAAACGGUAUUACCGUUCGAAAUAAAAUAUUAUAAUGGAUAAUCCGAUACCAUCCACUAGUAAAGGUAACGAAGAAGCUUCAAAUGAACCACCUGUGAAUGGUAAAUCGAGACAUAAAAGAAAAACACAAAGAUUAUCUGAAUCAUCUGAUAGUAACACCUCAUCAGAGGAUUCGAGCUCUUCUUCGUCAUGCAGUGAUUGUAAGGGUCGGAAAUCACGCAAAACAAAACGAAGGAAGAAGAAUAAAAACCGUAAGUUCGAUCAAUUAUUUAACGAAAUUUCUAAACUUAAACAACAGGUUAGCCAGUCAUACACUGCUAAUGCAGAAAAUAUCUAUCAUAACGAGUGUGAUAACGGUAUUGACGCAAAUGUGAGUGGAGAUUUAUAUUGCGAUGACAAUUAUGCUGAAUCCAGCGGUAACUUUACUGGUGCAACCGCUCUUUCGGAUACAGCUAUAUCCAAUGAACCCGCGCUUACCAACGGUAGCCGGACAGAGUUCAACAUAUUGCUUACAACAAAAACAAAGGAACCUCACGUACCACAGGCACCGCCUGCAUACGUGGAACAAUUAAAGCUAUUGCAGCGUUUCAAUAACGAAGAAUGGGUGAAUGUUCGUUACGCGGAUGUGCAAAAACAAUACGUGCAUCAACCAGGCUUUGUAAACUUACGAGCAAAUGACGAGAUCACCAGGUACGAUACUUCACGGACCGCCUCUAAUAUGGAAAGAGCAUUUGCUGGUUUAACGGCCGAAAUAAUUCAGCAACGAAGAGAGACGAUCCUAGCCUCGGUAAAAGAUCCCUUUCAUAAAAGCGCAUUUCGUCGUAUACCGCCGUCAAUAGAUAAUCUCUUUGAAGCGGAAAAAUUCAGCGCUGUUCUAGAGAAGGCCGGAGGUACAAAGAGCAUCUUCUGGAACAAUCAGAAGGAUCGCAAUUCUGCACCGCAGAACGAUUCUUAUUCCAAUCGCGACCACCGCGCUAUACAAACGCAAAAACCACCAGUGAAGCAGUUUAGCUCUACAAAAAAUACCUCAGCUAAUAGAGGAGCCAAAUCAAGGAGAUACACAUUUCAGUCCCGAAGAGGCACUGCCUACCGUGGGCAUCAAGGCGAGAUACCACACAAUAGAGGGCAACGAACACGCUCCCCAGUAUCCCACCGGGAUCGGAGCAACCCAAGAAAAUACUGA